AUGUCCAAGAUGCGGCCACUCCACCCGACGAGGCUCAGUCAGAGCGGGGGGUACUACGUGGCAGCUGGGGGCGGCCGGCUGUAUGACCAGGGCGCGCGGAUCCUCGGGCUGGAGGCGGGCGACGCCCACGGCCAGGCGGUCAACCUCGUCGCGCGCUUCCGUGUCAUGGGUAUCGCCAAGGCGUUGUUGGCGACGGACGACCUGAGCAGGUGCCAGUGGGAGACGGUGGUCCCUGCUGACGGUGGCGGGGCCUAUAUUUUCCAGAGAGCCUCCGGGACUCGCAUCGACCUCGUGCGGAAGCGACGGGCCUGGCACCUGAAGGUACGCCUGAAGCCACACGAGGACUUGCCGUUCACCUCGGCGCAGGUGCUGUCCGAGGUCGCGUCGAUGGAGGACCGAGGGAUUUACCCUCUCGACGUGGAUGUUGGGACGGAGGCUGAGGAGGGAGCACCAGUCAAGAAGAUGGUGGAUCCCACUCGGCCGACGGCGGCUGAGCGUGAGGAGCACAUCGCAGGUGGCCAUGCGGUCUUCCGCACGUGGUGCCGGGAGUGCUGCGUCGGGCGUGGCCGGAUGCACCGCCGCACCUCUGGUGGCCCAGAGGACAGCAUCCCGGCGGUGGGUUGCGAUUACGGCUACUUGAACAACAGGGGCGACGACGGCCAGGGCCAGCCUAACGCGCCCCUGCAGUGCAGCAGGUGCACGGGGGAUCGUUGGCUAGGAGCCGCAGUGGUUCCAGCGAAGGGGGCCGACGAGUACGCGGUGAAAGAGCUGAAGGGCGACGUCGUGGGCAGCGGCUUCGACGAGGUUAUCCUCAGGAGCGACGGCGAGGCGUCCAUUGUGGCGCUGAAGACGUCGGUUGCGGCGGCGCUCAAGCUCGAGGGCGUGCGCGUGAAGCUGGAGGAGUCCGCCGGGUACGACUCGCAGGGCAACGGCCUCGCGGAGGCCGCCGUGCGCGAGGUGAAAGACGCCGUGCGGGCCAAUCUGGCGUGCCUGACGGUGCGGUACGGCCAGAGCUUCGACGGACAGCGCCCCAUCAUCCCCUGGUUGGUGAAGUAUUCGGUUGCGAUGAUCAAUCGCGUGCGCCGCGGGGCCGACGGCAAGACGGCCUUUGAGCUUCGCAAGGGGCGCGGUUUCGCUAGAGCCCUUCCGGCUUUCGGGGGGAAGGUGCUCUUCGUGAUCCCAGGUGUGACCAAGGCUCCGGCCCGGGUCGAGCCUCGCUGGGGGGAUGGCGUGUUCUUGGGCCUGUCUGAGCGGAGCGACGAGCUCUACGUGGGCACAUCCAGGGGCAUGCGCAAAGUGGGGGCGGUGCGAAGGCGCGAGGCGACGGAGCGUUACGACGUGGCGUUCCUGAACACCGUUACUGCUCGUCCCUGGGACGGGCCACGGAGCUUACGGGCUCCAGCGCGAGUCAUUUUGCCUGACUUGCCAACUCCGGUGGUGGAUGCCGAGGAGGCGCCUUCGGCGCCCCGCCGUGUUUACCUCUCGAGGGAGGACUUCGUGAAGCAUGGGUUCACGCAGGGAUGCCCUGGUUGCAGGGCGAUCGCCGAGAAUGAGCGGGCGCAGAUGCAUUCGGAGGAUUGCAGGAUGCGCCUGGAGACCGAGUUGGCCAAGACAGACGCGGGCUGGCAGCGGCUCACGAAGGACACAACCCUGGCGGACCGUGACGGUUCGGAGAUGGGCACGAGUCCGCCGAGUAGGAAGAGGCAGAUCGAGAUCCAGGCGCCCGGUGCGGAGGGCGACAUGGACACUGCGAUGGUGGCCGCAAGGGGUCUGCAUGCGGACGCCGUGGGGCUCGUGGAGGCGUAUUCUCUGGCGCGCCCGCGGCGCAAGGCCAGCGCCUUCGGCUUGCGCGCCGGCGUGGCCGUGGAUUUGCGCCUGGGCUGGGACCUGGGGCGCGACGACGAGCAGCAGGAGGCGCAGGGGCGGCUGGACUUGGAGAAGCCGUACUUGCUUGUCCUCGGCCCACUGUGGUCGGACACAUCUCAACUCCACGAGCUAUCGACGCACCCUCGGAGGUUGCAGGGGUUGUUGGAGACGGGCCGCAAGCAUCUCGAGUUCGCGUGCUCGCUGGCGCGGCAGCAGGUUGCGAGGGGCGGCCGGGUGCUCUUCGAGCUCCCCUGGGAGGCAGCCUCGUGGAGCGAGGAGUGCAUCGUCGAGCUGUUGGCGACGAGUGGCAUGCAGCGCGUCCGAUGCGACCAGUGCCUCUUCGGCCAGAUUUCGGUGGAUGGAGCUCGAUGCGCGCUGCUGGAGUCGGCGCGGCGGAUGGGGAUGCUCGGCAAUGGCCGCGAGCUGACUAUCUCCGCGGUGGAGGCCUGUCCUGUCCUGAAGGAGCCGGAGCUCUUGGCGAGGCUGGCGACGACGGAGGAGGAGAAGGCAUUCCGUGACCGAUGCACGGGGCUCCCAUUAGAUCCUGAGCGAGUGCGAAGCGCAAGGGCAGAGAAGAUGAGGUACAUUGAGGAGUUGAAGGUUGUGGAGUUGAGUGACCACGAGACGUGCGUACAGGAGACUGGUUCACCUCCGAUUCCAACUGAUUGGGUUGACAUCGACAAGGGCGAUCCCUCUCGACCGAAUUAUAGGUUGCGGCUCGUGGCACAGGAGACGCGCAGACGGACGACCAUCGACGUGGACGAUUGGGCAGCGACGUUCGCUGCGACCCCUCCGUAUGAGGCUUUCCGUCUGCAGCUCAUUUUGUUAAUGACGGGUCCGAGGCCUGAGAACCCCAAUGAUGAGGAGGUGUUGAUGCUGUUGGACAUUUCGCGCGCACAUCUCCACGCACCCUUGAACCGGGUGGUUUUCGUGAGGAUCGACGGCCAGGUCUACAGGCUGCUGAAGGCCAUGUAUGGUUUGAGGGAUGCAGGCGCGUCUUUCGACAGGAAGACCGAAUCCACCAUGAACGUCAUGGGCGUGACCUUGGGGAAGUUCAGCGUCUGCUUGGGCUACCGUAAGUGUGGCGACUCCGUUGUUCGGAGCGUGCGGUGGGGCGACGACUUCUCCUUGAGUGGUAAGAGGUUGCACUGCGCGGAGUUCCGGGACGAGCUCGGCAAGCACCUCCUAGUGAAGCAUGCUGUCACGUUGGGUCCGAACCCAGAGCACGGCGACGUGGGCGAGGCCACCUACUUGAACAGGAUCGUGCGGUGGUUCCCUGUCGGCUCGGAGGGCGGCGAGCGGAUCGAGCUGGAAGCCGACCCGCGGCACGCCGAGAUCUUGGCGCAGCAGUUGGGUCUGGACGAGGAGCGGGUGAAGGCCGUUGCGACGCUGGGCGUCAAGCCGACCGGCGACGACGACGACGAUGACGGACGAGAGCUUGAUCCCGAGGCCAGGUCUAAUUACAGAUCCUCGGCCAUGCGUGCGAGCUACCUGGCGCAGGACCGCUGCGAACUGCAGUUCGCGUGCAAGGAGCUCGCCCGGCGCAUGCAGGCGCCGCGCCAGAAGGACAUGCAGGCGCUCAAACGUCUUGGGUGUUUCCUGAAGGAAGCGCCUCGCUGCCUGGUGGUGUACCGGCGGCAGGCUGACCAGACGGUCGUGGACGUGUUCAGCGUCAGCGAUUGGGCUGGGUACCGGAAGACCCGGCGCUCGAUUUCAUCGUCGUACACCAUUUUGGGACAGCAUCUGAUCACGACCAGCAGCACGACGCAGAACGUCGUGGCCACGAGCUCUGGCGAGGCGGGGUUCUACGCCUUGACCAAGAGUGCGAGCCGCGCGAUUGGCACCGUUGCCAUGGCGGCUGAUCUGUUCAAGGUCCUGAAGCCGCGCGUGCGCGUAGACGCCGGCGCGAGCAAGGGCAUU